AUGGUCCCGCGACACCGAUUGACUUGGCGGCUGCGGCUUCUGCGCUUCCUCUCCCUGUAUAUCUACCCCCUCGAGACACCGCUCCAAUUGCGAGGGACUCUCACCCGUCUGAGGCACAAUUACAAACAUCCUUUCCUCGAACUACUCCGCCUCCUCCUCCCAAUACCAACGUGGUACUUCCCCCUCCCAGACCCCAUUCCCUUUCGAACAAUGCUGGGUAACGUCGAGCUCCUUGACUCUCGACUAGGUUCGGUAAACUAUCCAAGCAUGCGAUCCAUACCUCUCUGGCGAGCAAGAGACACCCCCCUCCGCUCCAUCUACCGGAUUUACGAGGCGAUAACCGCUCGCGAGUGUGUGGUGAUUGGUUCGGAGGUGGAGUAUUUCUUCUACCAAACGCGGAAAGCUUGGGCUGUUCACCGUAUUCCGGACCCGUGUGAUAUGGACCCCGUCCGGUACGCCAUUCUUGCUAGUAUUGUUGAGGAGCUCGCGUGUGCAUUUAACUGGAGGAUGGGUCUUGGGAUGCGGCGUGAUAGGAGGAAGCAUAUAUACCGUGCGACAAUGGAUGAGGUUCUUCCGCCGUUCCCACCGGAAACUGCGCCUGCCUGGGCUGCCUGCGUGCCUGCGAUUGAUGCGCAGUGGGUUGCAAACUUGCCGGGCGAUGCGAUAGAUACGGAAGGCAGACUCGUGCUUGAAAAAGGUGCAAAGAAUGCUCGAUUCCUCAAGAGAAAUAUUUUAGCCGGCACGGGGUACUUCUACACAAUUUAGAUACAUUUGGUGUGCCUAAGUAAAUGCCUCCUCAUUAUACAUCCUUCGAUACGCAGCGGCAAUUUCAUCCAUGGUUGCACUAUCGGGUAGCAUUUCUGUGGAGCACAUAUUCAGCGUCCGAAUGUACUCCCUCACGAGCGGACCGCCAUUGCGCACUCUCAGAGUCUUCAGCAGUGCCAGAGCAUCGCUAGUAUCCGAAUCUCGUUUGUGAUCCUGCAUACCAUUAUGAAUCCGCCGCAGCUUCCUUUCUAGCGCCCAUUCCAACGGAACAGCAAGGAUGCGAAGAUUCAGACCUUCCCAGAGAACAAUGUUCUGUUUCUUUGCCUCUUCGAACAAGAGUUGCCGAGAUCUAUAAGAGAUGAAAAAGGCCAUAUCAUCAUUGGCCCAGCCGUCGACAAAAUCCAGGGCCUUCCCGGUACUCGACACGGCGUUACGCAGCGGCUUCUUGAUAUCCUCGUCAUCUGCCCAUUGGGGCUCUAGGAAAUAGUCGAGAUCGCUGGUGCUUUCGCGAUUUUUCAAAUAGCUGACGGCGAGGAAUCCGCCAGCGGAGAGUAAAGUAAUCGGUGCAAACGCACAAAUCCAUGGAUCCCUGCCCAUUUCAUUGUCAAGUGUCUCGAGGCCUUAGUUGCCAAAAAAAAAUCCGUAGUGUUAGCGCUAUCCACUUAACUUCCCCUUGCCUCAAGAACGUUUCCUCUGUCGUCACAAAAAUACCUUUCCUGAAGUCAUCAGCAUCGAUCUGUUUCGUUCUCUCAUCCAUGUUUCCCAUCUGGUUUUCACGACAGGGGUUUUUCCCCCCCUCAUUUCGAAAACGGUAGACUCUAGCUCGGAGAAUGGAUUUAUUUGGACGACGAAUGCUCGUGAGCGACAAAAAGCGGGGGAUCCCCCCCAAAAAUAACAGCCCUACCCUCCUGACCUUUUUUUUUUCCCCCGUGGGCCAUUGCUUGGUUCGAUUAGCGCGAGUACUACUAGCUAGCUAGCUAUGUACGCAGUAGUUAAACCAUGUAGCUACAGUUUGCUCCAU